AUGCGAUUCUUUUUUCUGCCACUUGUUUCGGCAGAAAUAAUAUGUAAUUACGACGAGCCGUGUUUGAAGGCUUGUACGGACACUGUAUGCGAUUACUACUGGAAUGUCGAACAUCGAUAUUCGAGGACAUGGAGGACAAAAGAUUACGGUUUGAAGGGUGACUAUCCGAAAGGGGCCUACAGGGACUUUCCAGUGUUCUGGAACAAGACUACGAACUCUCUCGAUCUGAUUGACUCUGGAAUCUCAUCGGGAGUUGAUCACAUUUAUAACGAGGAUGGAACAAUCAAAGACCCCCUUGAUGAUCUCGAAAACUUGUUUUUCAUUGACGGUCAAGAGGAGCGACGAGCAAUCACAAUCAACGGACAAUUGCCAGGACCGACGAUAAUUGUCAAUAAAGGAGCUUUGGUUCGCAUCCAUGUCAAAAGUGCUCUUCAUGAGGAAUCACUAACUUUACAUUGGCAUGGACUCCACCAAGUUGAUAACUACUGGAACGAUGGCGCUGCGAUGAUCAACCAAUGCCCUAUCGAUGCUUUCAAUGCUUUUACAUAUGUCAUGCGCGCUGACAACUCUGGUACACACUGGUAUCAUUCGCACUACGGAAUCCAACGAGCGGAUGGUCUUCAUGGAGCCUUUAUCAUUCUCGAAGAUGGCGACGAGGAAGAGAAUAUGAGCUGGAUUCCAAUGGUCAUCACCGACUGGUACAGUGCUGACUCGCUUUAUCUUGCUGGAACAGACCCUUAUCGGUUCGGGAAUUAUAAUGGAACUCGCUUUACUGGUCCUGCGACGAGAAUUUGCAACACUGAACAAAAGGGAUUCAUGACGGGAGUCAAGAUGAGCUCGUAUUGUGUCGAUUCUAUCAUCGCCAACGGACGCGGUCAACUACGACUUCCAAUUUCGGAAGAAAAUCCAGAACAAAAAGAGUUUUUCUUCAGCGUCGGAGAGGAAUACCAUGUUUCGGAGACAACUACAAAAGUGCAGUUGAAAUCUAUCCACGCUGGUUUUGAAUACCCAAUCUUCAUCAGAUCUGCUGACGGGCGUCCACUUACGCUGACUGCUACAGAUGGACGGAGAAUUUCGCCUGAGCAAGGAGAUGGUGUUUUCAUGGGCGUUGGCGAAACUUGGAAUAUCGAGUUUGACUUUCCGCUGAGCGAGGAUAGACUUGAGAUUAUUGCUGAAAUCAUCUUUGAAGGACUCGGAAAGAAAGCAACGAAAGUAGAACGCCCCUACGUCAGAAUUGUUAUCCUUCGCGAUGCAUUGGUAGCUGGUUCUGAGGUCAAAUCGGAACUGGUUCCUGUUUAUCCUGACGCGCAGAUACCAGACAUGUUUGACUUUGAAUCAGAAAAUGAUGCUUUCGAAAAACAACUUCUUAACUGUCCCAUGACGCACAUCGUGGAUAUUCCAUGCAAAUUGGUGACAGAGUUCCAGCGCGACCCAGAAUUUGAAAGUCGAUUCGAUCACCCUCCCCCGUCACUCUUGGCAACGCCAGAUCGGGUAGUUGACCUGAAUAUGAAUUUCGCUACGGGGUCAAGUUUUAACGGCAUCAAAUUCAAAUACCCAGAUCGGCCGUUUUUCGAAAAUCCUGAAGACAUGGAUUUCACGAAAUGCACAAAGAAGCAGAUUGAAAACGAAGGAGGUUAUUGUACUCAUUUGGUCGAAGUCGAAAAAGAUGAACUCGUCGAAUUUAGAAUCACAUCUGCAGAGCACAUCGAGAACAUGUCACGAAGAUGGCAAUGGACAUACCACGCCAUUCAUGUCCAUGGAUACGAGUUCUUCGUGACCGACAUUGGCUUCGGCGUCGCCAACCAAACAACUGGAUACAUAGAGCGAAAUUCUCCAGUUUUCGGCUGUAGAGGAGGGCACAUAAAAUGCAUGCAUACAGUUUUUAACGAACAGCUGAUGAGCUUGCGAAGAUCAAAGUUUGGCCGACAAGAUCAUAUCGCUAAGAACACCGUUGUUGUUCCUGCAAUGGGAUACGUCGUUCUAAGGCUAAGGGCAACCAACCCAGGCAUCUGGCCUUUCCACUGCCACCAGAUGAAUCACAACUACGAAGGAAUGGCCUUUGCACUUUACGUCAAAGAUUCAGAAGAAAACAAGCCGUUUUCAUACCUGCCAAAGAACAUGCCUCGCUGCGGCGACUACCACCCAAAAGAUACUGCAAUCAACGAGGAAUCCUUCGAAAAGGAAAACGAUGCACAACAGAGUGCGCUUUCAAUCUUUUUCGUUCUCUUUACUUUCCUAAGUAUCAAUCUGUAA